CCAUGCUACAAAAUACAAGUCUCUCACACACUUAGAAUUAAGUUAGUAGCGAGAGAGGGAGAAAUGAAGGUUGUUUACUUCUUCGUUGUGCUAUUGGCUUUGGCAUCCUCCAUUGCCUUUGCUUAUGAUCCAAGCCCCCUGCAAGACUUUUGUGUGGCUAUCAAUGAUACCAAAACUGGUGUGUUCGUGAAUGGAAAAUUUUGCAAGGAUCCAAAGCUUGCUAAGGCUGAAGAUUUCUUCUUUCCUGGAUUGGGACCCGGAAACACUUCAAACCCCCUAGGCUCAAAGGUGACAGCUGUCACGGUUAAUGAAAUAUUAGGGCUCAACACACUUGGCAUUUCCUUGGCACGCAUAGAUUUUGCACCAAAGGGUUUGAACCCUCCACACACUCACCCUCGAGGGACAGAGAUUCUUGUAGUCUUGGAAGGUACCCUCUAUGUUGGCUUUGUUGCGUCCAAUCAAAACGAUAACCGUUUAUUCACCAAAGUGCUGAACAAGGGUGAUGUGUUUGUGUUCCCUAUUGGGCUCAUUCACUUCCAGCAAAACAUAGGUUAUGGAAAUGCUUUGGCCAUUGCUGGUCUUAGUAGCCAAAACCCUGGAGUUAUUACCAUUGCAAAUGCUGUGUUUGGAUCUAAACCUCCUAUCUCUGAUGAAGUUCUUGCCAAAGCUUUUCAAGUGGGCAAAAACGUAAUCGACUACCUUCAGAAGCAAUUCUGGUACAACAAUAGUUAGGUGGGAACAUAAUAGAAUCGCGAUACCGUACAUCUUGCUCUGGCCUAGGUUGGAUAAAUGAUUUUCUCAAUUCUGCUUCAUGCAAUAGUCAAUUACUAUAUACUAUAUUAAAUAAAUGGAAUGCAUGUGGCUAUUAUAUGUGUAACACAGUUGUUUUGUGUGGAUGUGAACUUGAUUUCAUAUAUCAAUAUUUAAAGUCUAAUAACAAA